AUGUCGACUUUCACUGGACUUGUUAGAUUAUUUUCCAGAAGAACUGCUAGAGUGUUAUCCAGUAAAAACGUGGCGAAUACCUUCCAAAGUUCCUGUCGAGCAAGGUCUAUCUUUGCAGCAACAACACGUGGUGCUUCACAGAAUCUUAGAUAUGCCAUUCCAUGUGCUUGUACCAAAGUUUGUGCUUGUGAAGUGCAUAAAUACACUCAAGGUUGGUUCUAUAGCAAUUUUUGUGGCGUUUGUUCUUAUUUUCCGAGAAAUCAUGGUGCAUUAUUCUGUUCUCUGAACAGCCGGCGGAUGCUGUCUAGGCUGACAUGGGAGAAAAUGGAUGUUGGGGGGUUGGAUAGAUAGUGAGGGGUGCAUACUACUUGUGAGAAUCCAGAGACGUGGACAGUGUUCUUCCUGAAAUGCUGCCCAGGUUUUCUAACAAUUUAAGAAAACUAUGAAUGCCUCAAAAUAUUUUCUGCAUAUUGAUUCGACCAAUCUUAUUAGAGAUCAGGACACAUGAGCUAGCUGAAAACCAUGAACUUUUUCCUGUGGCAUCUUGUGGCUUAGUUAUCCGAUGACUGAUUGGCAAUUUAUCUUGCAGCAUGAUGGUAUUGCAUUGCAAAAUAAAGUAUUGUCUUGAUUGUAUAAAAAGAAAACAGACAAUUUGCUUUAUGGAGAAAUAGUUGCCAUCGUAGUUGAUGCAUAUACUAACAGAAAAUUACAGUGGUUACCACUAACACGUGCCGUCAAAGGGUUUUUUCUUCAGCUCAAACCUGCGGUUUGGUGGACGUCAAUCAAACAUCACCACGGGUUUAACGCAUUGGACAAGAAAAGAUUCUUUCCCUGUUUCUCGAGCACUCGAAGGAAAAUGUCAGCAUUUAAACGGUUUUUGCGAUAUUUUGUUACAGGAUCUUACACCAUAUCAUCUCAAGAUUACGAGGGAUAUGAAUUUGUUAAGAGUUUGUCGGAGGAAACUCAAAUUAUGGACUUAUUUACACACUGUAAGGCUUACUCAAUACGCUCACAACUCAUCUGAGUUCUUGCUAGUUCUGAUUUCUAUUCGAUAACAUUAAAAUGAUAAGUAGAUCUGCAGGUUACAAAAUUCAUUUCCGAAAACAGCCUCCAUUCAGAGGAAACUUUUUUCCCUUGUCAGUGUGAUAUCUUUCAUUUCUUUGAAUUUCUACUCCUUGGCAAUUCGACGUCCACGGCUCCUGUGUUUUCAUACAAAUAAAUAAACAACCUGAAAACCUUUACGUAAACUAUAGAGAGUGUUUUGGCUAUUUCACUCAGCUCGCAGAGACCUUGUUGUUUUAACAAUGUAAUCUUUCAUCAUAAUGAAAUGAUAAAAACGCUGUCGUCAUGCAAAAUUUUUUGUUAUUCUUGUGAGUCUUCGCCCUUCAUUCAGUGAUGAGUGAACUCUUUCUGUCAGAGUGCGUGAGAAAACCAUGGAGACAGUUGAUUGACCUCCACAAAAACUGGUUUCAAUAGAGAAAAAAAAAAAACCCUUUCUGAGGGCACAUGUUAGUGGUAACUGCUGUAAUAGACUAAAGCCUGAAUAUAUACUGGAAUUAAAGGCACAAAAUAUUUCAUAUAUACAGCUCCAUUGAUUCUAUACAGAUAUUCCUGUAGUAUUUCUAAAAGUUCACUUUACCUUAUUCAUUUUUUGUGCAGUACAGUGUAAGACCACUCAAAAUAUUGUUUGAAGCUUUUCUCCCAUAUGGCUUUGAAGUUACUGCCUUGUACACCUGCUAUUUGGCAUUGUGGUUACUUGUCAAGGUGCAAUGUUCUAGUGACACAACUAUGGGGAAUGGGCAAUGUACAGUGGAACCUCGAUGUAACAAAGGGGCAAGGGACUGGCAAAAUUAGUUUGCUAUAAUGAGGUUUCGUUAUUUUGAGGUUCCUUUUCAUAUAUUUUUCUAUUACUGGAAUAAAGAAAAUCGUUCAUUAUACCAAGGACUUCGUUAUAUAGAGGUUCGUUUUAUCAAGGUUCCACUGUAAUUUGAAAAGGGGAAGUGACUUUUUGACGAGUUACCAAAAAUCUACCUCUGAAAAGGACUGAAACCAUUGUCCAUUUUUCCAAAUUUUGCAGCUGACAGUGAACUAAUGAAUUUCCUCAAACAAGAAAUACAACAUGAAAGAGAUAAUGCAUCGAAAGUGUCACCUUCAACAUUAUUUGAGGUAAGACAGCAUUAAAGAUUCGAAGCAGAACUGCACUCUACAGCUGUACAAUGUUGAAACAAAUGUCCCAUUUUUUGAAUAUUCACAGACAAAGGUAGAUGGCACUCAAGUUUCAAUGGAAAGAGAACACAAUGGUGAAAGGUGGGCCCAAUUAACUUGCUACUUAAUACUUGUGUUUCCUCCCUAUCCAUUUGCUUAUUUCCUUAUUUUCCGUAAUUUGCUUCAAAUUCCCAAUAACUCAAACUCCUGAUAACUUGAAGUUUUUUUGAUUUCCAUAGAAGGUUCAAGUUAUCAGGAGUCGACUAUACUUGAAAAGUAGUUUUAGUCUGAGACUGAUAAAUGAUCAUGAGGUUCUUUAGGUUGAGCUCGUUAAAGUUACAGAUAAGAAAUUAAACAACUUUUCCUAAAAAAAAUGUGCCCCUAGAGCUGCUUAAUACUGACACCCAUAUAAUACGGACAAUGUGGCAUGUACCAUUGUGUCUGUAUUCGCCAGGUUCCACUGUAUAUGAUUUCCAUUAUUUUAUUCAUUAAUUCAAAGAAUAUUUCAUCCCUUAGUUAUGUUAUGUUUCAUCAGAUACUUCUACUCAGACAAAACUCUCAAGACAUUCCCAUUUAUCUCUUGAACUAUACAGAAUACUACAGUGUCAUCCAACCAGAAAAGUUGCCCCCCCCCAACCCACCCACCCACGUUCAAUGUUGUCUCAGUUGUUGUCUCAACUAGUGUUGUUCAAGGCUAUCACAAAUGCCCAUAUCCAGUAAAGAAGUAACUAAGACAGUUACCUCAGUAAUAUUUUCAAGAUUUCUCUCAUGUGUGAUUUUUGAAGUAGGAAUGUCUAUGGAGCUAUAAACUCAGAAAAAGAUAUUUUUUCUGGUAUUGUCAUUGACUGUAACUAUUUCUAUCUGGCUAGUCUUGAAGUAGACAAAAAUUCAUUGUCCUGAACAGAGCUGUUGCUAAGAUUUGAAGUUGUUAGGUAUAUCUGUAGGCAGAGAAUUAAACAGCUAGGAAUUUCUUAAGGGUCUAUUUUCCUUUUGUUCCUAAUGAAACUAACCAGGAAUUAUGCUCAUAGGACACAGGAAUCCCAGCCCUUUGUAACAACCCUGUUAAUGAAUUACCAUUAAUAAUAAUUUUCCCCUGAAGACCAAAAUGUGCCAACCUCUCACAAGGAAUGUUUUUUUCCAGAAUAUGUUUUUACUAGGCAAAUCAUUAAAACCACCUUCAAAGCUGCUGAUGUGAGGCACCUUCCCCCCUUAUUUUAGUGCUAACACAAACAGUCUGUAAGGGCUGAUGCAUGUCUUUGCCAAAUUAUUUGAUUUGAUUUACUAGGAUUGUUUUGUCAUUUGAUCUGAAUGAGAACAUAAACCAAGAUGAAGGAGGUGCAGAUGUUGAUGCUGGUAGUGACGAUGAGGAAGCUUUCUUAGGAAAGGUUAAAUUGUAUUAGUUUACUGAUGAGUGAUUUUCAACCCACGCAAUACAAUAUUCACACACACAAAUCAAAAAGAAAAAUUAGACUGUUUAACCCAUUCGCCCCUGAACCGCCUGUAACUGCCUGUGCGGAUCCACGUCCUUUCUACCCUUUGUGACGUCAUCAGUUUUAAAGGUCAAGUGAAGAGAUCUUUUAAACCAUACCAGAAUGAGUACAAUUCAGUCAAGGACACGGGAGAAAGAAGCAAAAAACCAUGUGUCAUUGACCUGAAAAUCUCCAUGAAAAUCUUGUUCCAUUGCUCACCUACCUUUCCUUUCACCUAAUCCUAAAAUCCUAAAAGCUUUCCUAAAAACUCUUCCCACCGAAACGAAGCCUACUAAAUGCCCAGCAAGAGAAAAAAAAAUGAGGCAAGAAAAAGCGAAAAGUAAAAGUCAAGACUGCUGUGUCACUUUUAAACCCAAAAACUAUCUAGAAAUUUUGCUUUCUGCGCAUGCCCGAACUUCGCAAGCUGAUAUUUUGCAUCUGGAUCAGAAGGCUGUGAAGUGCACGUCCUGUAAACCGGUUUGUGGUAAGUUUUAGCUCUCUAUAGCACGGCAGUGACCAGAAAACCACGCGACUAGCUUCAAAACGCGUUUUUCAGCAAAAUCUCCAGGAGCGAAUGGGUUAAAGUCCCCUAUUUUUUCUUGUUAAGAUUGUUGAGGUCAAGUGCUUGUUGUAACAAGCUACCAGGCGUCUUGGUUUCAUGUAUUGAGGGGUGGGUGUCAGUUUUUUUAAAGCCUUUGGGGAGGGAGUGGCUAGAAAAAUGUUUUCUUCACCUCCUCCCAACCUGUCCCGUCCUAGGUAGACCUGAAAUGUUACAGUAGGACCCCAGUAACUCGAACUAAGUCUCAUUUCCCCUGGAUUUGACCCUACUUUUCAGUCACUUUUACUCCAAAAACUCAAACUUGGAUACCUUGAAUUCCCCACUAACGUGAACCAAAUUUUGUUUCCCUUGAUUAAAAUUUACCUGAAUAACUCAUAUUCUGGUUCUUGCAACUUACCACAAAUGCCAUUCUAUUAGCUUUUCUUGUCAUGUAAUCAGUAAAACACCUAAAACUAACACACUGUAGCAAUUAGUAAAAAUGCAUAAUCCUCUUACAAUUUCUGAUGAGAUAAGUUUAUUUGCACUCUGCUGUAUACUGAAGUGCUGAAAUGUCAGUAAACUAUCAAUAUUGAGAUAGGAAAAAAUGAAGAUUCAAUCGACCCUGAUAACUUGAAUCCCGGCUAUCUCAAACUGUUUUUUGUUUCCCCUCAGAGUUCGAGUUACCGGGGUCCUACCGUAAGUUCAAUCUUUACAGCCUUAGGAAAAAUAGGACUUUUAACAGACUAAGGGUACAUUUAUCUAGCCAACAAAUCAGAAAGAAGUUGGUAGUCACUUGAUCAACUUGUUUCAAAAGCUUGAAUACGUAAAAUUAUUUUAUCUUGACAAGUACGUAUUUUCUAAUCGAAGGAAAGGAUUGCUUUGUUGAUAGAGAAUGUCACCUGUGAUCAAUUAUCACAAUAUCGGUUUAUUGAAUAACAUUAACUUGUGUCAGUAUAAACCAAAUUGAUAAGAAAAUAAGGUUUUCUCUAUAGUCUGUGUAGCAAGAGUUUCCGUGCCGGAAAAAGAGUCAAAGACCACGCAAAAAAUGACUCUUGUUUCAUUUCUCGCAUAGCCAAAACCAAAAAUCCCGUUCCUUGGUCUUUCUUUGUUCUGUAACCAAACGGAAACACUUGCUACGCAGGCUAGGUUUUCUGUUGUCCUUAUUUUGUUGUGGUGCAUGCAUUCUCUUGAAAAUAUGUUCCCUAGUCUUUUUUUAAUAAUUUAUUAUGCUACUUGUGUAGGAGCUUAUAAAACUGCAUGUUUUUCGAUCAAAGAAUCCUCGUCUUUUUUGUUUAUUAUCAGAUUGUGUCAUAUCCAUCAUUUACUGUGGAAAUCACAAAGAAAACUGUAAGUAGUAGACAUUUGUUUGGUGGUAUUACAAUGUUUAAAAAGUCUCUGUUGAAUUACGUGUAAGUCUGCUGAAUGAAAUUACAAUCUUUGCCUUUGCCACAUUUUAUUCAAUAAAUUUUAUUUUUUAUUUAUUUAUCUUUAUGAGCUUUUAGAAAAGUACAGGAAGCUUAGUAGCCUGCGAAAAUAGGUGUCUCUCCUUGCUCUUCACUGCUGGGGACAUUUGGCGCUGAGCAACGUCUAUGACUCAGCGACAGAAAUUCCAUACUGAUGACGUAAAUCAAUGUUUGCAUGAUAUAUCUGGUAGUCAUGGGGUUCCACAGCCAAAUUUGUUGAAUUCCUCCUGGUCGAUUUUACUAAAGUGUUGUGGUCAUCUUUGAACGAGCUCCAGCAAAACUCAAAUGCUUCUUCUAGAGAAGAAUAUAUUCCACUAGUUUUGACUGUUUUCUUAGAGAUUCAUCGCGUCUACAUUUGACCUUCGUGGCCUUUUGUCUUUUGUCUGUCAUAUGUAAACAAUAGCUGAAACAAUGCAAGUACUCCGUCGACCAAUCAGCACUUCUGACUGGAUUCUAGGCAGAUUUUUUGUCGUUGGUAUGGAAUUUCUGUCGCUGAGUCACAGAUGUUAUUCCUCACGAAACGUCCUCAGAAGCGACCACAGGAAAAAAUAACAGAUUCCCAUUAUUGGAUAUUUUAGGAUAUUUAAAGAAUAUCCAUAAAAAUCCCAAAUUUGGCAAAGUGUGACAAUUCCCAACCAAGUUCCCUGGUUGGGACUUGUCUCACUCUUCCAAAUUUGGGAUUUUUGUGGGUAUUCUUUAAAUACCCUAAAAUGUCCAAAAAUGGGAAUCUGUUAUUUUUUCCUGUGGAAGCGCAAGGAGAAACAGCUGUUUUCGCAGGCUUGAAGCUUAGUGAUUUUAUGUUAUGUCAUCCUUUCUUUGAUGUAAUCUUGAUCUAGUAAACUUAAUUACCCCAUAACAUGCUGGUCUUUUCACUGUGUCUUCAAAUAUUAUAUUUGCUUUUCCAUAAUGUUUUAGGGCCAUACUCUUAAGUUCUACUGUGAGUUUAGCUCUGACCUAGGGGAAGAUUAUUUAUCUGACGGUGAAGUUGAAGGCGAAAGAGCUGCACCAGAAAUGGUUCAUAUAAUAAAUGUAUCAGUUAUGGACUCACCUAACAGAGAUAAAGAGAAAACUAUCUACUGUGCUGAGACUGAAAACAUGGAUAGUGUAAGUACAUGCUUGUGAAUGUCAGGUAUCCAAACAGACCUGUCAUUUGAUCUUCUUUAGGUGACAAUGUACAGUACUAAGAGAAGGUGCUCUUUCAAUGAGGGUUGAAACUCUUUAUACGCUCUAUUACCAACCCCUGGUUGGGAAAAUGAGCCAGCACUUUAUCCCCUGUAAGAGAUCUUCAGGAAGGAUCAAAGACCAGACUUGCGAGAGGGCAGAAAUCAAGCCUGUGACAAGAUGUAAUACCACAAGGCUUUCAUUUGACUGGUCACACCAUAGAAUUUUGUACCAAAAUAGCGCUUUGCACUAUUACUAAAAACAGGUUUUGUCACUUUGGAUUCCCUGCAUGACUCAGACAAACUUUGCAUUCUACUCAAAGGCUUUGUAUGAGCAACAUGCAUUUCAGACAUGAAAAUUGUUCAUAAAAUUUGCAGGGAGCAUUUUUUACAAUGUUUUUGAAAGUGAUUUUCCCCUACAAAACUCUUAUGCUGGUCAGGUUCAAUGUCUGAGUAACAGCAGGGCCCAGAAAUUGUGACAUCAUUAGUGCAAAGUGCUAUUAGACAUUCUUUAAUCUCUUUUCUGUCUCAUCUCUUAGUAGUGGUAUCCAUGUUACAGGUCAAAAGUUAAUUCAGGUUAAUUUUUUUUACCUAGGUUGAUUCUCAAUUCCCUUUUUUUCCUAGCACUAAUUCAUGAAUAAUUAGGGCUAGGAGACAAAGGAAACUGAGAAUCACGUAGGUUAAAAAAUUUUAACCUGAAUAUAAUUUUGACCUGUAACAUCCACAACAAGAAACUAUGACUUACAUCCUUUUAUUUUGACAGAACUUGUAUGUGAUGCUUUUGAAUAUGUUGGCUGAGAGAGGAGUUGACAAUGACCUUUGCCAGUGGCUUCUUGACUACAGCACGUCUCUAGAACAGCAACACUAUAUAAAAUUUCUGGAAGAUUUGCAAGGAUUUGUCAAACUUCAGUAA